AUGGCGAUGCAGGAAUUGCGGCGGCUCAACUGGGCUCACGGCGCGACUCCCCAGUCGGGCUUCUUCGCCCCACUAGUCGUCGCUUUUUGCAUGCUGGUGCUGCUGUUAUCCGCGGCAGCACGCCCGUGCAGCGUGACGCUUGGAUCUCGCGAACUUGUCACCGCACUACAGUUGGCAGGUGGCGUUCAGGUGGAGAAAUUGCUGGCAACUUUCGCAAAGCUAGGCCCGCCUGCAGCAAGCAACACCCUCUCGCCUCCUCCUCCUCCUCCUCCGUGCAUUGUAGCGUACGUAACAGAUUAUGAUGAGGAUGAUGAGGAGGAUGACGAUCAUGAUCAUGAAGAGGAGGAGGAGGAGGAGGAGGAGGAGGAGGAGGAGGAGGAGGAGGAGGAGGAGGACGAGGAGUAUUUUGAUGAUUAUGUCAAAAAAUUUGGAAGCUGA